AUGCAGAGCCGACAGACGCUGCCAGAAGAUAUGGCAUAUUGUCUCCACUCCCUACUCAACAUCCGUCCGCCCAUAUGCUACGGAGAGGGAUUCGAACGUGCCUUCUAUCGACUUCAAACCGAAUAUGUCACGGGAGGAUACCCGAUGUCCGGAUAUCCCAGAGGUGUAGCUCCUGGCCAGUUCUCGAGAAGCCGUCUAUUUCGAUGGAGCGGCAAGCGAUCCAGCUGGAACUCGAUGUUCGCCUCUGACUUCAAAGCGUUUAAUGUCAAACAAGCACAGCUGAAGUAUCAUAACUUGAGGGGUAGAUUCAACGCCGUGCCGACCAUCUCCGUGUCCACACACAACGACCGCGAUAUCUUGUUGGUUGAGAUGUACGUAUAUCCCAUGCGUUAUGACGCCAUAGACAAAGCGUUUCGUGUCAACGGCGAUACAAAGAUAGACGUUCUCUCGGACGACGGGAUCGAGAAAGAUGUAGGGUCAACUGGAUGUGUGCUGGGGUUGAUGAGGGAGGACCGUCGGUAUGUCUUCGGGGUUAUACUCCGAAGGAUAUCGGAUGAUGGAUGCCCUCUUUAUGAGCGUGUUGGGAUCAUGGGAUCUGGGACAGGGACGAGCAAGGAAUGGGGCGAGCGCGAUGUAUUGUCGGUGCUUUGGCGAGACUCCUCGGAACUCCAGUUGGUUCAUGUCGCGUAA